AUGGCGCGCUAUCGCUUCCUCGUCCAAAAGCUGUCCGGAUUCUUCGCGGGCUGCGAGUUCCUCCAUGUCCCGCGCACAGAAAACGAAGCAGCCGAAACGCUCGCCGAGAUCGCCUCGUCCCGGCAGUCCGUCCCGUCCGGCGUCUCCCUCGAGCAUCUGCAGAAGCCGUCCAUCAAACCAUCCCCGGACUCCGAGUCCAUCCACGUCCCAACCGACCCGGCCGCGCCUCAACCCGGCCCGAGGACUGCUCCAACCGACCCGGCCGCGCCUCAACCCGGCCCGGGGACUACUCCAGCCAGCCUGACCACAACUCAACCCGGCCCUGGGGCCGCUGAACCCGGCUCGGGGGCUGCCACCCCGAAACCUGUCGUGAUGGCCGUCCUCGCCGGGGUCGCGGCACCAUCCUGGGCCCUGCCCAUCUCGGAGUUCCUGGAAAACGGGGUCCUUCCCAUGGACGAGACCGAAGCCCGGCAGGUGCAGCAUCGGGCGUCCGCCUACAGCAUCAUCAACAACGAGCUCGUCAAACGCAGCUCUACCGGUGUAUUCCAACGCUGCGUCGAGCAGGACAAGGGCAUUGAGAUCCUCCUUGACAUACACCAGGGCGAGUGCGGGCACCACGCCGCCUCGCGGUCCCUUGGUGGCCAAGGCUUUCCGCCAUGGUUUCUACUCGCCCACGACCCUCGAAGACGCAGAGUCGCUCGUCCUUAA